GUAGAAUGCGUGAUACAGUAGAAGACAGCAAACAAAAUUUAUGGGUAUCUUUACUUGAUGAAGUUCAGUCGAAUAGAAGAAACGCUUAUGGAACACUUGAAUCACCUGAUAAACCCCAAUUAAUCAUUUUCGGCAAUGAAUCCACCGACAAAACACGAAUCAUCGAAUGUAUAAAUUCGAAUACAGAUAUUCAAUGUGGGAUUGGCUUAGAUUAUCAAUUUCUAAAUCUUCAUGAAGAUGGAAGUGAAGACUCUUUACAUAUGGGUAUAUGGAGUUUAGAUGGUGAUCCACAACAAAGUAAUUUAUUAAAAUUUGCUUUAAAUAAAUCAACUAUAUGGCAUACAAUGGGAAUAAUUUGUAUUGAUUACACUGAACCAUGGUCAUUAAUUAAUGAUUUAGAAUUAUGGUUACAAAUUAUUGAACAACAUAUUCAUUAUUUAAAAAUUGAUUCAGAAGAAAUUGAAAAUUUAAAAUCAAGUAUUGUCUACAAUUUUAAAAUGUUCACUGAUUCAUCAAUAGUUAAAGAUGACGGAACAAAAUCUUCUAUGAAUUUACGACAUCAAUUAAGUCUUCAAUCACAAAAUAUUGUUAAAGAUCAAUUUGAAAAUACUAAAUGGUCAUAUAGUCCAUUACAUCCGAAACCGAUAGAUACUUCUACUGUAAUAUCAUACUCUCUAAAACCGAAUCAAUCAGUGCAAAAUGAUGAACAACAACAGAAUGAUCAAGAUGAUCAGUCAAAUGAAAAUUCAGUUGAACAGCAACAGCAAAAACAACAACAAUCGAAUAAAUGGCUGAAAAAAUUUAUUACUGAAGGUGUAAUGAAUAAAUUACUUCCUAUUCCGAUUAUGAUUGUUGUUACAAAAACAGAUAUGACUGAUAUUCUUGAAAAGGAAUUCGGUUUCACAGAUGAAAAAUUCGAUUAUAUUCUAUAUCAUCUACGUAAAUUAUGCCUUGAAUAUGGAGCUGCUUUAAUCUAUUUGUCAAUCAAAGAGGACAUCAAUACAAAUACUUUGGUUAAUUAUAUUAAACAUCGUCUAUUUGAUCUACCAUUAAAAAGUUCAGCUAUGCUCGUUGAUCCGAAAGCUAUUUUUAUACCUGCUGGUUGGGAUAGUUUACAUCGAUUAGAAUUAUUUAAAAAAAAUUUAUCAUCAAAUUUAAUUGAUUGUAAUUAUAAUCAGAUUAUUACGAAACCAUCGAAAUUAAGAAGAAAAACAUCAUGUGUUACAAAAACAGGUGGAAUAGAUACCAAUCCUUCAGAAGAAGUGAAUAUUUUACAAACUGUUGAAGAUGAUCAACACUUUUUAAAACGAAUGCAAACAAUAUUAGCCAAUAUGCCUAUGUCGACAGUUACAAGUUCAUUACCAGGUAGUUUAAGUGGUACAACGACAUCGAUUAGUUCAACAAUAAGUAAUCAAACAAGAGAAACUCCAUUAUUAACUGAAAGUCUCUCAUCCAAUUUGCCUAAUCAACCUAAACCUGGAUCAACAUCGGACAAAGAAGCCGUACUAAGUAGCUUUUUCAAUUCUUUGCUUUCACGAAAAAGUUUAACUGAACCAAAUCCAACUAAACCAAUCCAAUCGACAAUGGGAAUGACGUCGAGUAAAAUUAAUACACUGAACACUUCAUCAACACAAGAUAGCGAUACCAAGUCAUAGGACAGUGUUGAAUAAUUUUCAGAGAAAAUGGGAUAACUAUGCGAAUUUCAUGUUAGGUCAACGGGGUUAAAAGGGUUAUGGUUUCUUAUUUUGGUUUCUAUUAUCAACUAAAAGUUACAAUUGGCAAUUGGAUUUUAAAAUAUCAUCGGCACAUUUCAAGAAACUGUGAUUUUUUUUUGCACAUAACCGUUUAUUACAUUGACCUUAAUUUCAAAAUCGUAAUUAAUUCAUAGCAAUCUCAUUAUUGUUUUACCCAUAAAAUCUGUGCUUUUAGCAUAAAC